AUGGCUCCAGUAGGUGUUCCAGGUCUCGUGUUGGGUGGCGGUAUCUCCUUCUUUUCGAACAAGGUGGGAUGGGCCUGCGACAACGUUGCUGCCUACGAAGUCGUUACAGCUUCUGGUCUCGUGGUAACCGCAACCCCAACGAAAUUUCCCGACUUGUUCUGGGCCCUUCGUGGGGGCGGUGGGAACUUUGGCAUCGUUACAAACUUCAAGCUCGAUGCGUUCCCACUUGGCCAAAUGUGGGGCGGUCAACGCAUCUUCACAGAGAACAACUUUACUGGCGUACUCGAUGCACUCUACAACUUCGCCGUUACAGGAUCCUCAAAGGACACUGACGCUGCUGAAAUUGUUUCUUUUGGAUUCGAGUCAAGUAUCGGAAAAAUGGCGAUCGUACAAACACACUACGCACGACCUGUCGCCGAUCCUCCCGUAUUCGCGGAGAUCAGAGCCCUCUCUCCCGUGAUGGAUGACACAGCAUUCGGCACGCUGGCCAACAUGACUAUGAAGAUGAACGGCGGUAGUGCUGAGGAAGAGCUUGGCAACCGCCAGACUAUGUGGGACGUGUCUCUCAAAGUCGACCGCGAACUCUACACCUAUCUCGUCGAUACCUAUUACACGUUGCUUCCGGACAUUCAAAACGUCGAAGGCCUUUCGCCGUAUAUCUCCAUUCAAGCCAUCACAGAAGGCCAACUCAAAGGCAUGCAGAAGAAUGGCGGUAAUGCGCUCGGUCUUGACGCCAGCAAGGGACCCUAUUUCAUCAUGAACAUGAGCGCCUGGUGGAACAAGGCUUCGGAUGACGCUGCUGUUCUCAGGUUCUUCUCCACUGUCAUGAACAAGGUCAAGGCUUAUGCGAAGAGCAAAGGUUUGGACAAUGACUACAUCUACAUGAACUACGCAAGCGAGUUUCAAGAUCCUCUGGCAAGCUAUGGAUCGGCGAAUGUAGCGAAACUGAUCGCUGUGAGCAAGAAGUACGACCCUGCUCAAGUGUUCCAGAAGCUACACCCAGGUUACUUCAAGUUGGGCCAAGGAGCGCCCAACAAGAACAUGCCAUGA